UCUGUUUCAUCAUGUCCCUGGAGGAGACGGUGGAGAUGCUUCUGAAGGGAGAGGGACUGGAAGUGACCGAGCUCCACUUCGAUCCUGAACACAAGAAGCCAGUCACACGCAAAAACACAUGCUUUGCUGUCUGUGCGCUCAUCUUCAACUCUAAGAACGAGGUGCUGAUGAUUCAGGAGGCAAAGGCAGUGUGUCUUGGUUCAUGGUAUCUCCCUGCAGGUCGUAUAGAAGAUGGUGAAAGUAUUGAAGAAGCCCUAAAGAGAGAGGUGCAGGAGGAGGCGGGAAUAGACUGUCAGCCAAUCACACUGCUGCAGAUCCAAGAAAAAGGGCCAAGCUGGAUCCGCUUUGCUUUUCUAGCAGAGAAAACAGGGGGCUCUCUGAAGACACCAGAAGAAGCAAACGCUGACUCGCUGCAAGCUCAGUGGUACGAUCGCGAAACUCUGCCUAAGAAUAUCCGUAAACUUGACAUUCUCACCCUCAUUGAUGCUGGGAUAAGAUAUCGCCAAAGUCCCUGGUUCUCAGAGUUACAGCCUGUCGACUUUCCCUGCGACGUCGUCUGCCAAAGGCUUCUUCUCGCAUUCACCUCCAGCGACGCUAACCCUGAAAACGGUGAGGAAGAACGCAUAUGGCUUUUGCUGAGUAAAGACACCCAACUUCCUGUUGCAGCCUCCGUCGAAGCACAAACUCUCACAUUCACAGCAAAACAGCUGGUUAAGUAUUGCAUGCCCUCCAGGUAUGAGCAGCUAAGCGUGAACACCUGUGGGAUUCUGGGAGUGCAGCACAACGGGAGAGCUCCCGGCCAAACCGAUGGAGUCUGUUUGAACACUCUUGUGCUGCUGGAGUAUAACGAGGAAGAGGAGGAAAUCAGUCUCAGCAGUCCACCCAAACCAGAGGAUGCUGGGUUCAGAUGGCAUGAGGUGACCAAUCAGAGCCUGAGGACUGAGAUCCUGCAGAAGAUCGAGGAAGGCUCUGUCCUGCCUGUUCAGAGCAUAUGAAUGGGAACACAGCAGCUUCUCAUGGAUUCUUUACUGAAGACGUUUAACACUCA